AUGGCAGGUUCAAAGAAAGGAAAGAGCAACAACAAGAAGAGAGAAGACAAGUCAAAGCCUAAAGAAUCAAACUCAAAACUUUCAUCUCAUCAAGAGUCCUCAUCAACAGCCGAAAAUGUUGUUCCUGCUGAAGGUGUUGAUGAACCGAUUGAAGAGGUUAUGUGGGGAAAAAGCCCUGAUGCUAAAACAGAAGAAUUGGCAAUGAGAUUGGAAAUGAAAGUGAAGGAGCUUGAGGCGCAAGUGGAAGAGAAAAAGAAGAGGCGAGAGUUAUUGUCCGAGCUCUUGAAACGGCAAAAGAUAGAAAUUGCGAAUGCUCACAUAAACAGCAUGUUGAAGAUGGCACCGGAGAAAUACCGCAUCGCCUGGAAUUAUCGAGAGAUCAAUGGAUAUGAGGUGAUAAAGGACGAAUGGACGGAAGAAGAUGACGAAAAGAUCCAGGAAUUCGAUGAGGACUUGAAGAAGCUCGAAAAGUUUUCCAAGCUUUUGAGAUGGGAUACGUUACAAUAUUUUACUCCCGCCAUUCCUGUUGAGGAAGAGGAGAAAGAGAACCUUGUCGAGAUUCCACUCGAGGCUACUCUCGAAAUCCCUGUUGAAGAAAAGAAAGCACCGGAGAAAUACCGCAUCGCCUGGAAUUAUCGAGAGAUCAAUGGAUAUGAGGUGAUAAAGGACGAAUGGACGGAAGAAGAUGACGAAAAGAUCCAGGAAUUCGAUGAGGACUUGAAGAAGCUCGAAAAUUUUUCCAAGCUUGUGAGAUGGGAUACGUUACAAUAUUUUACUCCCGCCAUUCCUGUUGAGGAAGAGGAGAAAGAGAACCUUGUCGAGAUUCCAAUCGAGUCUCCUCUUGAAACCCCUGUUGAAGAAAAGAAAGGUCCCUUUCCCAUUGUAAAUUCAGAUGAGGAAGUUACCGCCACUGCAGUCGCUGGCCAGAAGAAGAAAAAGAGCGCAAACCCUCUUGAUGGAGAGGCACUAAUAUUGCCCCCCCCCCAACUGUUUAAGGGAGAAUCUAAAAUGGCAAUCCAGACGUUUAGUGAGCCACCAACAAUCGAGUGUCCCUUGUUGGAGGAAUUCGCCACGAAGCUGAAUGAAACCGAUAGCAUAAGACUGGUCAUGUCUUCAAGCAAUGCUGGCUCUCGAUUAUUUUGUGAUGAAGAUCCCUUUCCCAUUGUAAAUUCUGAUGAGGAUGUUACCGUCACUGCAGUCGCUGGCCAGAAGAAGAAAAAGAGGCGAAUCGUCAAAGCCUCCGAAAAAGAGAAAAACAAGAAGGCAAAAUCCGACAUGCCCUCGACUGAGAAUCCAGCACAGUUGGAGAAAACUGUCCCCCCUAUUUCUGAAGAACCUCUGGUUCUGCCCUUGGAGCCUUGGACAAAUGUCUCUUCCACUGCCAACAACAGCGCAAACCCUCUUGAUGGAGAGGCACUAAUAUUGCCCCCCCCCCAACUGUUUAAGGGAGAAUCUAAAAUGGCAAUCCAGACGUUUAGUGAGCCACCAACAAUCGAGUGUCCCUUGUUGGAGGAAUUCGCCACGAAGCUGAAUGAAACCGAUAGCAUAAGACUGGUCAUGUCCUCAAGCAAUGCUGGCUCUCGAUUAUUUGGUGAUGAAGAUCCCUUUCCCAUUGUAAAUUCAGAUGAGGAAGUUACCGCCACUGCAGAAUUCGAUGAGGACUUGAAGAAGCUCGAAAAGUUUUCCAAGCUUGUGAGAUGGGAUACGUUACAAUAUUUUACUCCCGUCAUCCCUGUUGAGGAAGAGGAGAAAGAGAACCUUGUCGAGAUUCCACUCGAGGCUCCUCUUGAAACCCCUAUUGAAGAAAAGAAAGGAGGACCUGCACAAGUGGUGUGUUGCCUUCAUGUACAGGAUGAUGUAGUGGCAGCAGCCAUCGAGGAGGUGAACCUAGUUGUCCCUAAAUGCGGCGCACACCGAGUUGCCGUGGCAGGCCUUAAGAGGCUUAGGGAUGAUAGACCUAUCAAGGCCAAAUGGUUCAACCAACUUCUAAUUCCGGAGCCAAAGAAAACCAUGCACGAGGCAAUGGUGAAGGUCUUGACCAAGCUCAGCAUCGAGCAACUGCCCCUAUGGGAAGCCCUGACGGGAGCCAUGGCUAAAAUGAACUCUCCCUCGGACAUUGUGUCGUUCCCUGGAGAUGCCUCCACAAUUUUUGCCAAGGGCCCAAGUGGAGAGGAGUCCAUCCCUGAUGUGCUAGACGAAUAA